GUGCUUCAAUCAGUCAAGGAGAGAUGCUGAAAGACCAAACCCAAGGCUGAAUGUGGAACCCCCUCAUCUGGCCCUGCAGCUCCCCAUAGCUUGUUGCUGUCUGCACACCCAGCUCCUCCUUCACCAGAUGUGCAUUUAAUCUCACUUCAUUAAGAACCUCUUUCGGUUUUCGUUUGGCUGAGGUGACAGCGACACGUUUAUCACAUCAGGACAUCAGCUCUGAAGGAAGCGAUGACGCCUGGGGGACCUAGGAGACAAGAGAGGGGGAAAGAGCUUUAAAACCCACAGGAAAUGCUUUCACAUCUCGGGUGCUGCCACUUGUAAGCCAAGAAGAAUCUAAAUGAACAGCAAGUGCAGGGUUGCGUGCGUGCUUCCUUCCCGUGCUCACCCUGACCGACUGCCAUUCAUGCGAUCCCUGCCCUGCUGCUGCAGCAGCGCUUUGAAAACGGCUUUGGAGGACGCUGAACCAGCAUGGGAUGCUGCAGCCUGAGAGCCAGGCAUGAUGGCUCUGCAGGAGAAAGCCAGGAUGAGGUGGAGCUGUUGAAGACAGGCAGGACCAGAAAAUGGUCCAUUUCAGACGGCCAGAGUGAGGGAUCCCUCCAACCUAAGGACCCUGCAACUCCCACGCAGACAGAAGGGGCAGAAGCACCGUGGGGGAGAACGCAGGAAGAGCUGCUGAACUUGUUGAUCACUCAGCCCAUCGCUGGCUGGGAAGGAAGGAACAUCCUUUCUCCUGGGGAGAUUGUUUGGUCCUCCUGGGUUUUCCUGAGAAGUUAUCACAUGGAGGAGAUGUCUGAACGCUGCCUUGUGCUGACCUCCUUCCACUUGCUGAUUCUGUCUGUGGAUCACACAAAGAAGGCGUUUGUUUAUGAGGGUCUCGUUCCUCUUGCUGGGAUGCACCUGAGGGAGGUUGUGACUGCUAUCAGCUACACCUUUGAGAUUUCUGGGCCCAUGUUGGAGUCCCGGCUCAUUUGCUGCCAGAAUUCAGCUGACUUUGACAAAUGGAUUCAGCAUCUCCAGAGCCAAAUCAAGAUGGCAAAUGCUGACUAUUCAACCAGCCCCACCAAUAAUAUCUCCUUCCUGGUGCCGUGCGAUGAGCAGUGGAAGAAAAGGGAGCUGAUGAGACAUCUCUUGUGUAACACCAUUCUGAAAUGGGAAGGCAAACCAAUCCAGCACCUGGGAAGGAUUCAGUAUCUGACCAUGGUGCAAAUGGCUACUGGCUGCACAGGGGACCCCAAGGAAAGGCUGCUGAUCCUGUUCCCAGAAGACCUGCUUUUCCUCUCUGUGGAUGAGGAGAGAACUACCAUCUCAUACGAGGGAAAACUCCCCUUGACUGGAAUCCAGGCAAAGGAGAAAUCCACUCUGCAGGGGAGGUUACAGCUUGAAAUUACAGGAAGCCUGACAGAACCAAUCCUUAUCAAUUGUUCCACAGCAGAAGACUAUGAAAAAUUACUCUUCCACCUACAGAAGCCAGAGAAAAACCUCACUACUGUGACACUCCAGCCACCACCAAUCGUCCCUAAGAAAUCCAGGCAACAUCAUUAGGACGUCGGCAUACACUGACAUGAAGAGGCUGCAUGAAUAUGAUCCCAAUAGAAAGUGAAGAAGCUGCACAAACGAAUAAGAGGGGAUUUGAAAUUGGAAACCGAGAGGUGAAUAAGGAGCUGCAGAUGAAUUAUUCUGUGCUGGCUGCUGUUCUGAAUGAGCCUUUGCAAUUGAUGUAGGACCUUGUGAUUCUGACCUCAGCUGUAUAUAUGCCUCAGUGAGAAAUCUUUCUCAAUUUGCUCGCUGUAUUUAUUGCCUGAUCCUUUUCAGACACUGUAAAAUACUCAGUAAUACAAAUAAAACCAUUAACCUGUGCUUAAACCAUGCA